AGCCUUCCUUUUCUUUUCCCGGGAGCAUACCCUGUGUUCAGCCAUGGUCGACAUGGGGGCCCUGGACAACCUGAUCGCCAACACGGCCUACCUGCAGGCCCGGAAGACCUCGGAUAGAGACAGCAGGGAGCUGCAGCGGCGGCGCCAGAGCCUGGCCCUGCCCGGGCCACAGAGCUGCACCCAGCUGCGCCAGUCCCUGCCCCAGGACUUCAACGGCCUGUGCGAGCAGCAGCCCAUCGGCCGCCGCCUCUUUCGGGACUUCCUAGCCACGGUGCCCCCAUACCAAGAGGCUGUGGCCUUCCUCGAGGAGGUGCAGAGCUGGGAGCUGGCUGAGGACGGCCCCGUCAAGGGCAGCAUGCUGCAGGGGCUGGUGGCCACUUGUGGGGCUGCCUCUGCUUCAGGGCACCUGCACCCCUUCCUCAGCCCAGCGCUGGCCGCCAAGCGCCAAGCAGCCACCGCCGAGGAAGGGCAGCUGGUCCUGGUAGCACAGGCCAAGGCUGAGGUCACGGCCUUCCUGCAGGCCCAGCCCUUCCAGGAUUUCCUGGCCAGCCCCUUCUAUGACAAGUUCCUGCAGUGGAAAGCCUUUGAGAUGCAACCGGUGUCAGAAAAGUCCUUCAACGAGUUCCGAGUCCUGGGGAGAGGUGGUUUUGGGGAGGUGUGUGCUGUCCAGGUGAAAAACACUGGUAAGAUGUAUGCCUGUAAGAAACUGGACAAGAAGCGCCUGAAGAAGAAAAAUGGCGAGAAAAUGGCUCUUUUGGAAAAGGAAAUCUUGGAAAAGGUCAACAGCCCUUUCAUCGUCUCUCUGGCCUACGCCUUUGAGAGCAAGUCCCAUCUCUGCCUGGUCAUGAGCCUGAUGAAUGGGGGAGACCUCAAGUUCCACAUCUAUAGUGUGGGCAUGCGGGGCCUGGCCAUGAGCAGGGUGGUCUUCUACUCGGCCCAGAUGACCUGUGGAGUGCUGCACCUCCACUCCCUCGGCAUCGUCUACCGGGACAUGAAGCCUGAGAACGUGCUUCUGGACGACCUCGGCAACUGCAGGCUGUCUGACCUGGGGCUGGCCGUGCAGAUCCAGGACGGCAAGCCUGUCACACAGAGGGCUGGAACCAAUGGUUAUAUGGCUCCUGAAAUCCUAAUGGAAAAAGUGAGUUAUUCCUACCCUGUGGACUGGUUUGCAAUGGGAUGCAGUAUUUAUGAAAUGGUUGCUGGACGAACACCAUUCAAAGAUUACAAGGAAAAAGUCAGUAAAGAGGAUUUAAAGCAAAGAACCCUGAAAGAAGAGGUCAGAUUCCAACAUGAUAACUUCACAGAGGAAGCAAAAGAUAUUUGCAGACUCUUCUUGGCUAAGAAACCAGAGCAACGUUUAGGAAGCAGAGAAAAGUCUGAUGAUCCCAGGCAACACCCUUUCUUCAAAACCAUCAAUUUUGCUCGCCUGGAAGCUGGCCUAAUUGAGCCCCCAUUUGUGCCAGACCCUUCAGUGGUUUAUGCCAAAGACAUCGCUGAAAUUGAAGAUUUCUCUGAGGUUCGGGGAAUUGAAUUUGAUGAUAAAGAUAAGAUGUUCUUCCAAAGAUUUGCAACAGGUGCUGUCCCUAUAGCAUGGCAGGAAGAGAUUAUAGAAACGGGACUGUUUGAAGAAUUGAACGACCCCAACAGGCCUGCAGAUUGUGGGGAUGGUAAUUCAUCCAAGUCUGGUGUGUGUUUGUUAUUAUAAGUUGUUCUCUCCACCAGAUAGGCAGCAGGAAUCUCAGCUGACAUAAUCCUCGAACGUUCCUAACACAUGAAAAUCUGUUGAAUGAGGACUGAUCAAUCAGGAGGGGCAUUUCAACCAUAGAACAGUUCAAAGGACAGGUGAGCUCACCACUAGGACACAUUUUUCUCCCCUCUCCCCUCCCCUUCUCUCCCCUCUCUCCUU